UUCCGAACUUCCUGUAUGGAAGCGUGUUUGAUUGCGCUCAGUGGUUUAUCGUCUGUCUUCUUCACGCGCUUCAGGCAGCGAGAGGCCUGGGAUGAGAAGAUGCUGCGCAGGAAGCCCACGCGCCUGGAGCUGAAGCUGGACGACACUGAGGAGUUUGAAAGCGUCAAGAAAGAGCUGGAGAGUCGAAAGAAACAGAGGGAUGAGGUGGAUGUAGUUGGUGUGGCCACAUCCAGCGAGAUGAGCGGCGCAUCAGGUGGCGGCACGGACGGGAAGACCAGGGAGCAGAUGAUCCACGAGCGAAUCGGUUACAAACCCCUCCCAAAGCCUAACACCUUACCCUCGCUUUUUGGGAACCUUCAGUUUUGAAAAUGUGCAAACAUGAGAAAAUGCACUACAAGGUCUUAAGAAUCCGAACAUACAUAGGAUUUAAUAAUGCACGACCUGAAAGACUUUGGUUAACUGUGUUUGUGAUAACUGAUUUACAGAGGACUAUUUUUCUACUCGAGUUAAUAAAAUCUUGUUAGUUGGAUGUGGAAAA